AACUUCUGAUUAUUGCGAAAAAUGUGGUGAAUAUAAAUGGAAAAAAAGAUAUGACGAUGAAUUAAAAAAAUUAAAAAAAAACAACUGUGAAGAUGAAUUUCAAUUGGAAUAUGAACCUGUGACAGUUUCAUUUCAAAAUGAUAAUGAAUACACUUUGGAACCUAGUACAAAGAUGAAAAAAUUAAGUAAAAAUAAAAUUGAUGAUAUUACCAAUCAAGCUUUUGAAUAUUAUGUAAGAGAAAAUAUUAGAGACGAUCUUGAUCCUAAAAUCAUAUUAAUAUUUCUCAUGAUCACACGAAUAACUUAUCAAGAAAUAUUAAAAUUAAAUAAUAAAAAAAUAGAAAGUAGAUAUAAGGAUUAUUAUAAAAAUCCAAGACAAAGUAAUGAUGCUUGGAGAAAUAUUGUAGACGGAUUUGUAAAGGAUUGGGAUCCUAAAAAGGCUAUGAAUUGGUUGAGUAAUCGCUAUUAA